ACAAGGUCAGCAGGCUCCACCCUAUAAAGCUGCAAACAUGGCGGGAUUAUCUGUUUGGGAUUACGUGAUUUUCGGUGUGAUGCUUGCUUCAUCCAGUAUUAUUGGAAUUUAUUAUGGCUGCAAAGCGAAGGGAAGAUCGACCAAGGAAUACCUGAUUGCUGGUGGCUCAAUGCACUGGUUCCCGAUUUCCAUGUCGCUGCUCGCCUCGUUUUUCUCUGCAGUGGGUUUGAUGGGGAUCCCAGCCGAAGUUUACACAUACGGAGUCAGUUUUAUAUUCCGUCUAAUCGGCUUUGCAACAAGUAUGAUACUAGCAGCUAAUGUAUAUGCACCCAUCUUCUACAAAAGCCGUAUCACAAGUGCAAAUGAGUAUCUAGAGAUGCGAUUUUCAUCUGGUGUGAGACUUCUUGGAUGUAUCCUGCUUAUACUGCAAUAUGUGCUUUAUUUGUCUGUUGUGCUGUUUGCACCGAGUUUGGCACUUGAAGCUGUUGCUGGAGUUCCGCUGGCUACAUCUGUAUUAGCGACUGGAGUUGUCUGCACGUUCUAUACCACAUUGGGUGGUAUGAAAGCUGUCAUAUGGACUGAUAUGCUGCAAGCAGCCAUAAUGACUGUUGGCAUGGUUACUCUCAUUGUAUUUGGAGUGAGUGAAGUUGGAGGUUUAGGUAAUGUGAUGGAAAUCGCUGCUCGUGGAAAAAGGACUGUGCUGAACUGGGACCUAGACCCCACUGUUCGCAGCACUGUUUGGACAUAUGGUAUCGGUGGCAUGUUUGCAUUGCAGAGCUGGACCACCUCUCAAGUCUCAGUACAAAGAUUCCUGUCUGCUGCUUCGUUGCAGCAUGCAAAAAAGGCGCUUUACGUGAACUUAAUUUACUUGACGAUCAUGAUCAUUAUAUGCUGCUCUGCCGGGCUAGUGACCUUUGCUGUGUUUGCAGAUUGCGACCCUCGCAGUGCCCGACUGAUUGCAAGCAAUGAUCAGGUAAUUCCAUAUUAUGUUGUGAGCAGACUGGGUCGUUUUCCUGGUGUAUCCGGACUCUUCAUGGCUUGUUUAAUGAGCGGAGCCUUGAGCACCCUUUCUUCUGGACUAAAUUCUCUUGCUGCUGUAACUUUGGAAGACAUCGUGAAAAGAAUCAAGCCAGAUAUCAAGGACGGGACAGCCACGUUAGUCACAAAAGUUGCAGCCUGUAUGUAUGGCGUCCUUGUUGUUGGCCUGACUUUUGCCAUCUCCUAUUCUGGGACAAUGGUCCUUCAGCUUGCUGUUUCAAUUUUUGGAGUAGUGGCUUCUCCACAAUUUGGAAUGUUCACACUUGGAAUGCUUAUACCAAAAGCGACAUCUGUGGGUGCCUAUGUGGGUACAGCCACUGGAGUAUUGUCAACAGCUUGGUUGGCAGGUGGGGCUUUGAUUUUUCGUCCAGACAAAAAGCCACUGCCGGUUUCUGUUUAUAAAUGCUGGAGCAAUUCAACAAUGGGCAACUUUACCACUUGGGAGUCAGGCAUCGUGCAAAAUAAAGUGACGCAAAGCAGCUCUCCCAUUGCAAAGUUCCACGCCAUUUCAUACAUGUAUUACAGUGUUUUUAGCAUCAUUGUAACCUUUGGUGUUGGACUCCUUGUCACAUUGUUAUGCAGCCACGGAGAUCCAGAAAAGAUAAAUCCAGAUUUGUUGUAUGAUUACAAAUCAGCCCUUCGUUCUUGUCUGCCCAAAUGUUGCAGAAGAGAAAAGAAACGGCACUUUCACGAUUCGGAACUUGAAAUGGAGAAUUUGACAAAGAUGUGAGGCCUGGAGACAGAAGUUAUCACCGAUACUAUCUUAUUGAUACUAUCGAUACUAUCUGGUUUGUAAUAUUUUCAUAUCAAGUUCACCGGGGAUGUAAUAUUUUUAUAUCUAUUUCACCUGUGAUGUAAUAUUUUAUAACAAGUAUACCUGGGAUGGAAUAUUUUCAUUUGAAGUUCACCCCAGAUUGAAUUUUUGCAUAUUGACUUGCAGGGUUUUAAAAUGUAAAGUGUUGUUCUUUAAAUGGACUUGUCAGCGAUAAUUUUUUGUAAAAUGCUUAAUGUCUUAUGUGGUAAGAUUUAAUGGGAUGCUUGUUUGAAACGCUAGAUUAGAAACACACACAGUUUGUCAGAAACUAACAAGAUGUGUUGCCAUCAUUUAAUUAUGAAUGGCUAGUACUUUUUGUUUAGUAAUUUAAGAGUGAAGGCUAAAAAAAGUUUUAUCAAUUUCAUUAUUUAAGGACGGUUUAUCAAAUUUUUAUCUAUCAGGAAGGUCUUCAAAUCAAAAUUUAAGGCCAGAUAUUUAUUUUUUAUGCUGAAUAAUUUUUUGUCAUGGAAGAUUCCAAGUUUAAAGCACAAACUCUUACUUUAUCUAAUACCUUAUCAAGAGCAGGGCAAUCUUCCUAUAAUUGCACCACAUACAAUUUUAUUGCUAGCUAGAAUCUCUUUGUUUCAAAAGGCAAUAAUAAUAUCAAUGCAUUUACCACAUUUGAAGGGUAUUAAUUAAUUAAAUAUUAUUUAUUUUUGUGAUUUUACCUUUCACCAUUCUUGAAUUUGUAGAAUUUUAUAAUUCUUUAGCAACACAAGGCUUAAACUGUUUUAUAUUGUUUUUUUGUAAUUGAAAGCACCACUGUCAAACAUUCUUAGAGAACUGAAUAAAGUUCCGACGCUUGGCAUCAUGUUAAAACAUUAUUUUUGAAACUUUCACCUCUUAUCCUAAAAAAAACACUAUGAUUGAUGGGGCAUAAUCAAAGAUUUAAAAGACAGUGAUUUGAAAUUCUGUGCUAUUUUCCUGUUUCUCAGGUGGUUUUUAAAUAUUGACUGAUUUUGUGUAUUUAGACAUAUUUCACAAUCCUCUUUCAGGUUAUGUGGUUCAUAUUCAAAAAUUCUAACAAAUUUUUUAAGGUCAUUACUUGACGUUUCUAAUGGUUAUUUA